UUAGAUCUAGUAGAGGAUCUUCCCAAUAACGAAACGGUACCCUUGCAUUGGCAGCAGUUCAAGCCUACCAAAGGAUUUGAGGUUGACGACAGUUUACCUCCAGUUGUCAUGUUGCAUGGACUUUUUGGGUCCAAACAGAACUAUGGUUCUGUUGCUAGGCAGAUAACGCAAAUGACUAAGAACCCGGUUUACGGUGUUGAUUUGCGAAAUCAUGGCCAGUCCCCUCAUUCAAAUCCGCACAAUUACUACACUAUGGCUCAAGACGUGGUGCGGUUUCUAGAGGACCGUGGCUGGAAGGAUACUAUCUUAGCAGGGCAUUCUAUGGGGGCCAAGACAUCAAUGAUCGCAGCCUUGAUAAGGCCAGAGUUGAUCUCGAAGCUAUUGGUAAUCGAUAACAGUCCCCGAGCAAAAGUAUUAGACUCAAGUUUCACACAUGACUUGAUCGGAAUGUGUCAGGUCGAACACGAAGCACCUCAGUUCAAGACCAAACCACCAGCAUUCAGAGAAAAGAAAAUCGACUCUAUUCUAAGGAUGUACGAAAGAGAUGAAAAGGUGCGAGCAUUCUUGAAGACUAAUAUCAUCAAGAGCAAGUUCACCGAACAUCCUAUUUUCCGAGUGCCAGUAUUGAAUUUUCUCAAAGAUGGUGUAAUGAACCAUUUGGGAGGAUGGCCAGCUUCAUCGGUGGAAGGUAAGAAGUUCGACAAGCCUGUCUUGGUAAUGGGAGCCAAACAUUCCAAUUUUGUUGAGCCGGAGUCGUAUUCAGAGUUUAGGAAAUAUUUCAGUAACUUCAGCUACCAAGAGUUUGACUGUGGUCAUUGGAUCGUUACGGACUUGCCAGAGCAGUUUAUCGAUAGCACAGUACAAUUCAUUAGAGAUGAAUAG